AUGGGUUCUCUAUACUCUAAUCUUUUUUCGAAUUGGUGUUUUACAAAUAAUAAUCCUUGGCUUGAUAAAGCGAGGAUAGUUGUUGCAUGGCUGCCAAGUUUGUUUACUGUUAAUAUUAGCUUAUGUACAGCUCAAGUAAUCCACUGUGUUGUGCACCCAAGACAGAAACAAGACAGAUUUGAGGUUACAUUUGUGUAUGGAUUUAAUGAAGAUAAGAAGAGAGCCCAGCUUUGGAUGGACUUGGAAGAGAUUUCAAUGCAAAUUCAGGGGCCUUGGAUAGUUAUGGGGGAUUUUAAUGAUAUUCUAUUUAGCAAUGAAAGAGUGGGAAAAGGAUCUACUAAAAGUCCUACUCAAGAUUUUCGAGAUUGUGUGGAAAAGUGUAACUUGGAAGACCUGAAAUACUCUGGGAUUUUUUAUACCUGGAAUAAUAAGCAAAAGCCAGAGGAUCGAGUUUUCUCUAAGCUAGAUAGAGCCUUAGUUAAUCCUCAAUGGACAGAUUGCUUUCAGUAUUCGGAGGCUAACUUUUUACCUGAGGGAUGCUUUGAUCACAACCCCAUAUUGGUCUCUCUUUAUCAGGAUGUGAUUAGUGGCAGGAAACCAUUUCGAUAUUUUCGAAUGUGGAAGGAUGCAGAUGAUUUUGAUGAGCGAAUUGCUAAGAGUUGGCAGGAAGGAGUUGAAGGCACGGAGAUGUAUAAGCUGACAGUAAAACUUAAACGCUUAAAAAAAAUUCUUAAGUGCAUUAAUAAGGAAGGUUUUCAUGAGAUUCACAAAGCAGAAAUGAUAGCAAAGGAGGAAUUGGUGGUUUUGCAGGAAGCAGUGAAUAAAGAUCCCCAAAACUCUCGUUUACAGAAUGAGGAACAAGUGGCUCGGGACAAAUAUGCUAAAGUAUACAAGGCUUAUUCUCUCUUCUUAGCUCAGAAAGCAAAAGUUUCUUGGGCUAAAAAUGGAGAUGAAAACACAGCAAUAUUCCAUGCUUCACUGAGGGCAAGGAGAAUUCAUAACAUAAUUUUUUCAAUAGAGGAUGCGCAGGGGGUCUGGUGUGAUACUCCUCUUACUGUUCAGGAAGCUUUUUUACAGUACUAUCAUCACCUCCUUGGAUCUGAGAUGCAGAACAGACAUCGGGUGAAGAAUUGUAUAAUCAACCUUGGGCCAAAAGUUUCUGAGGUGCAUUCCAGCAGACUUGAAACCGAGUACACAACUCAGGAGAUCAAAGAAGCUAUUUUCUCUAUCCCUGGUUUGAAGGCUCCAGGUCCAGAUGGUUUUGGAAGUUGUUUCUAUCAAGAUAAUUGGGAAUUGGUUGGUUCAGAUGUGGUAUCUGCUGUUCUGUCCUUUUUGAGAUCAGGAAAAAUUCUUAAGGCAAUUAAUACAACUACCAUUACUCUUAUUCCUAAGAGCAGUUGUCCGCGAAGUGUGAGUGAUUUUCGGUCUAUCUCGUGUUGCAAUGUGAUAUAUAAGGCUGCAUCGAAAGUGAUUUGCGUGAGAUUGAGACAAAUUUUGCCUGAUUUAAUUGCUUAG